AUGGAAGAAGCUCAAUCCAAUGCCGAGGCAUUCCAGGCAAUCGAACAAACAGAAGGAACCAGAUUCACGUGGAACGUGUGGAAUCCAAGCCCAGCCAAGGCGGACACUGUUCCAAUUGCUGUCCACUACAACAUAAAACAGAAGUGCCCAUUCUUGGACUACGAGCCAGUUGUCUGCAUGAAGUGCAAGGGCGUUCUCUCACCACUGGCGUACGUGGAUCCAGCCCAACGUGUCUGGACGUGCUCGUUCUGCUCUGGUCGCAACAGCCUCCCAAACGACCUCGAUGUUGAGAACAUGCCCGAAUUGGCUGAGAAUGCGACAACGGUGGAAUACGCCCUGACAAAGCAGUCUGCUUUUCCGCCUGUUUUCAUUCUGAUCAUUGAUACGUCCACGUACGAUGAAGAGAGACACGGACUGAUGAUUCGCUCUGUGACAAAGGCAGUGGACAUGCUCCCUGACGAAGCAAUGAUUGGCGUCAUUCAGUAUGGGACGAAUAUCAACGUGUAUUCAUUCACGGAUGAGCCACUGAAGACGGUCUACCAGUUUUCAGGCGACUUCGUCUACGAAAAGAAGAACAUUCGUGGAAUGGACGACCUGCGUCUUUUUCUGGUGAAGAAGUGUGAAAUGGAAAAGGAGAUCAAAGAGGUGGUUGCCAGAAUGAAACGAGAUCCAUUUCCAGUUCCAAACGGAUUCAGGGCCAACAGGUGCACUGGAGCAGCCAUUUCAUUUGCGGUGAGUUUUCUGGAAGGGCCCUUUAGGGAGAAUCCGGUGAAAUAUCUGCUCUUCACCCAGGGCCCCUGCACGUACGGGCCUGGACAAGUUUGCCAUAGGGAAAUUGCAUCAGAAGACCAGGCGAACGUGGCGAAGGCGACUGAGUUCUACGACGAGCAGGCUGGGCGCAUCAACGACCUGGGCCACUCGAUCGACAUCAUCGGGGAGACAAUCGCGGACAUCGGCUACGAGCAGAUGCGUCCGCUGAUUUCGAUGACUGGCGGUGCCAUCAUCAUCGCCCAGGACUUCGAGGAGCGUGUUGUGAUGUCAUCGCUGGACAUGCUCUACGCCACAGACGAAGGGAGCCUUGGAAUUGGAUUCAAUGCAAAAAUACAAAUCAAAUCGACGCCAAACAUCAAAGCAAGGGGCUUCUACGGAGACGGAAGACAAAGAGGAAGUGGGUGGAGUGUCGGAUGCAUUUCGCCUACGACCAACCUGACUGUCCACCUGGAGCCAACUGAGGCAGCCAGGGCAAACAGCUACGGAUACGUUCAGAUUCUGACGCAGUUUGUGAGGUCGGACAGGCGAACUGUGCUGCGCGUGACGACGUUCGCGCGCCUCUUCUCCAGCGACAAAGUGCAGCUCUGCGACAGCUUCGACGAGGAGGCGGCCUGCGUGGCCCAGGCGCGCAUCUUCUGCAACCACCCGUUUGAGAACAUCUACGACCUGGAGACGUCGAUUGACAAGCACCUGAUUCGAUUCACAAAGAGGUACGCCGCCUGGGAGAGAAACAGCCCCGAUUCCCUCUCUCUUCCAAGCACAAUGGGCUACUACCUGAAUUUCAUGUUCUUCUUCAGGCGAUCAUUCGUGAUUCAGCCUGACGGUGUCUCCCAGGACGAGUCCGCCUACUUCAAAACACUCCUUUACAAAUUACGCGUAUCCGAUGCAUUGAAGCUUAUCAAGCCAACUCUCCAGUGCUUCACGUACCAGGGAGACGUCUUUCCUACCGAACUGAGCACAGAGGCCAUGGCCGAUGACGUGAUUCUUCUCAUGGACUCGUUCCACAACGUGGUCCAAUGGAAUGGACUGAACAUAAUGAGUUGGAUCAAGGAUGGAUUGCAUAAACAGAGUGAAUUCACGUUCUUCAGGGACACGCUGGACGCAGCAAAGGCAGCUGGGCUGGCAAUGCUCGAGGAGCGAGUUCCAGCACCACAGUACAAGGUGACUUCUGCCGGAAAGAGCCAGGAGAGGAUUCUGGUGACGUAUUUGUGUUCAAGUGGCGGGUCUCCGAUGCAUACGCAGAAGAUCGACUACAACAGGUUCUACAGUGCGUUGUGUAAGCACAUUGUGAGCAGCGAGUAG